AUGUCUGACAUGUUACUAUAUGACUUAAUAUACAGGCAAACCUACCCAGAUAUUGACUACAGACUACAGAUAGUAAUAACUACAGAUUAUAGAUUGACAACAGAUAGUAGUGAUUAUACACAAAUUUUAAAAAUUUAUUGCCUUACAAUAAUACUCUUGUUCUAUAUCAAUUUGAGCAUCAGUUCUAUUUUAAAUCAUAAAGAUACAGGAUCUGCAACUAUAAUAAAUUCAAUAAGUUUAUCAGAUUUACAUGAAGUCCGUAGAGAUUUAGAUCAAAAAAUUACAACAGUUAAUAAUUUGGUAAUAUUAAUUGAUGCUAAUAUUAAAGCAUUACAAGAGAAAGCUCAUGUUUGGGAUUUAUAUCGUCAUCAUAUUGAUGCAUGGAAUGAUCAAAUGAAAUCACUUGAACAUAAAAUUGAUUUAAUAAAAUAUAAUCAAGAUGAAAGUAAAAUAAUUGAAACAAAAUUAACAAGUAUGGAAUUUCUAAUGAAUCAUAUAUUAUCAAAAAUUGUAUUACAAACUGAUGGAACAAAUAUUGAUGAUAUUAAACAUUAUGAUGAUAUUAUGAAAAUGUUAAAAGAGAAUAAAGUAACUCAAAGGGAAAUAUCAAAUAGACUUAAUAAUGUUUUAAGACAUGUACUUAGUAUUGAAAAUUAUAGUUGUCGAACAUCAUCUUCAUCGUCAUCAUCAACAAAAUUAAAUAAAAAUUCAAAGAGUGCUAAUUUAAUGAAACCAGUUGGUCGAGAUACUGAUUCAAUAUUAAGGAAUAUUGAAUCAAAAUUAGAUGAACUGAUGGGAGCAUUAAAACCAAAAGAAAUGAAGCAGUUUAUUUCAUCGGAACGAAAAAAUGCAAAAACUUUAGAUGAAAUAUUAGUAUUGUCACAAAAUAUCGCACAAAUAAGUAGAACUUUAUCAAAUAAUGAAGCUGAACAUAGUCAAAAAUUUAUGAAUUGUUGUGCAUCAACAAUGAAUGAAUUGUCAACAUUUACAGAAAGUUCAGAUUUAUUAUUGAAACGAAUUGAAAGACUUGUAUUAAAUAUACAAGAGAAAGUUGAUAAAGUUGUUAUUGCACGUGAUACAACAACUGCACUUACAGAAACAGAUGGAAAUUCUGAAGAAUUUAGUACAACAGAAUUGGUAAGUGUUGUAUUUGAGGGAACUUCAUAUGAAGAAAUAAUGACAACAAGUACAUCAAAUAAUCCAUCGUAUGAAGUGGAAACAAUUGAAGAAAUGGAAUCAACUGAAAGUGCUGAACCAGACUAUGUUCAACCAUCAAAAUAUGGUUGCCACGAUUUAACAGUACGUGCUGAUGGUGUAUAUAAAUUUUCUGGAUCAACUGAUGUUAAUGAAGCUGGACGUGAUUUUAAUGAACGUUAUUGUGCAUUUCCAACUGAUGGUGUUGGUUGGACAGUUAUACAAAGACGUGGACCAUAUGAUCAUCAAGAGAAUUUUAAUAGAUCAUGGAUUGAUUAUAAGAAUGGUUUUGGUAGUUUAGCAAAAGAUUUUUGGUUUGGUAAUGAAUUUAUAAAUCGUUUAACAUACAAUGGUACCUAUGAAUUAAGAAUAGAACUUGAAGAUUUUGAUGAUGUUAAAGUAUGGGCUGAAUAUUCAAUAUUUCAAGUUGAUUCAGAAAAAUAUAAUUAUAAUUUAAUAAUUGGUGGUUAUCGUGGCGCUGUAACAGAUUCAAUGUUAUAUCAUCAUACACAAGAUUUUAGUACUUAUGAUCGUCGAAAUGAUAAAUCAAUUGAUGAAUGUUGUCCAUGUGCAACUGGUUAUGGUAGCGGAUGGUGGUAUGAUAAUUGCUCAGAAGCUAAUUUAAAUGGUAUUUAUCAUAAUACACCAUAUGGACAUAAUUAUAUUGGUGUUGUAUGGGAACAUUGGCAUGGUGAUUAUUCAUUAAAAAAAACAAGAAUGUUGAUACGCCCUACAAUUAUUAUUGGAAAUGAAAGUGAUGAAAAUGUUGCUAAAGAGAUCCCAGAUGAUCCUUAA